CACAAACCCACUCCAAGCAAUAGCUCUUCCACCUCUCCUAGCUUAUUCAGCACCCUUGUUCUAACCUUUGGACAACCUUUCACCUUUCACUCAAGUGGUUGCAAUGGAUAUCGACCAGAUCGACAUCGCCGGCCUGUGCGCAUCGUCGCUGUACCCUGGCUCCACCUAUAUGGAGUACACCCGCAUUAUGGACUUCGCCAAGGCAAAUCCUCAUCGUGCUAGGGAACUGCCGGACUCUGCAUUUAGCGUGCUCUUCAUCCAUUGCCGCGUCGAGGAUGAAAACGAGAGUCCCUCGUUGCAGUUCAAGUAUCCUCGCGAGUGGCUUCUCAACUUGCAGUUUCUCAUUGACCAUGGCAAGCUGAACCUAGUAUCCGAAGUUCGUGUCAUCAUGCCUAGGUACAAUUUGAAGGACGUUGCUACUGAUAUUGGCAGGCCACUUCCAAACGUGCGCUCGAUCCUCUAUCUCGGAAAAGGCAUUUUCACUGCAGAGGAAGCCGUCAAGCUCAUCAAGCGCCUUUUCCCCCAGGUGAACGAUCUGAAGUAUCACCUGCACACUGCAUUGCGUUUCAGCUGGGCGUGUGUGGAACAGCUGGAGCAUCUCCAGCUUCACAAUCCUAUCCCAACAACCAUCACCAAAUUCCCUGAGCAUGUCGUCUCGCUCUCUAUCAACGCCGAUUAUGUUCGCGGACGUCCUGACCUGCCUCCCGUUGCUACCGACUGCCUCAGAGUGCUCUACCUUCUAAACAGCACUGACGACGGCUGUUUUGACUGCCUUGAGGAACUGUCGUUGCAGUUCACCAGGAGGGCUGACAAUCCUGUGGCAUUCCCCGGCGACAACAUCCGUGCGUGUGGCAUCGCUAGUAUGGAGAUAGUGGACAAGCCAUCCGAGUUCGGCAGCAUCAACCAACACACACUGGAGACUGUGAAGAGUCUGACAGUCGGUCAUCCUCCAGGCAAGGUAGCUGACAAUAGCUACUCAUCGUCUUCUAUUGAACGUCUAUUCAUGCUGCCGGCCAAUAUCGAGAAAGCCAGAUUCACUUGCAUCAGAUGGCCGUUGCCUAUGAACAUCGCAUGGAUCAAUCUGCGCGACCUGUCGUUCUCUGCUAACAUUGCCACCAAGAGUAUCCUCGCCAAUCUGAUCGUGCAGCUUCCGGUGCUACAGCUACUCAACAUUAACUGUGUGACAAUGGUGACGGAUAACGUUGACAAGACAGUGUUCUCAGACGAGGUAUCCCGGAUCACCAAGUUCGGCCAGAUUCUUGAUCCCCUUGACGACUCGUCUAUCAGCGACAGUGUCGAGGAGUUCGAAAUCAUGGUCCAAGAAAUAUUCGACAUCGAGGGGUUUUGCGAGGCUGAUCUCUCGAUUAAGGUCCACCCUCAUUGGGUCCAAGACGUGACGCGCACCAUCGACAUCUCCGCCUACCCUCAAGUGCUUUGAUUUCCUUUUACUUCUCGUUUGUGCAUAUUUUAACCCUCAGAGCUCUGGUCUCAGGUGGCUGAGGUGUGUUGUCAGAGAAUAACACCGCUG